AUGGCCGAUUCCGACAUGAUCACUGGCGAGCACCUUGGGAAUUCCAUCAGUCGCAUACUCAGUACAAUGAAGAAGCUCACCGUCACCACCGGUGAGGAUCUCGAGACCAUAACCGGCGACCCCACUCUCUCAACAUCCGAAGCUACCAAGGCCCUCAAGGUCAUGACUACCACUCCGCUGCCCGACCAGCUCGCCGUCGAAGAGCUCGACAAGAGAGUGCAGAGCCUACCGCAGGAACUUCAGGAUGACAUCAAGGAGACACUGAUCAUGUCGGGAUUGCCCGACGGCCUCAUCGUUCUCGACCGUACCUAUAAGCCCCCUCUAGGCUUACAGAUCGAUCGCGCAAGCCGCGAGAGGUUCGCGAUGGAGUACUACAAGUCUGGCGCCUACCACGAUGCUGUCACGAUGGCUAAGCCGGCGCCGAUCCCGUGCCUGGUGUGGGGCCUCGCCGAACCUAUGAAGGAGGCGUGUGAUGUUGUGAUCCGCUGGCUUGGCACAUUGGAAAAGUCACACAUUGAGCUCCUGCAAACCCUGCAGAUCGAUGUCACUCAAGCCCCUCGAACCACGAUGCUCUGCAAUGAUGGCUGGAGACAUGUGAUCUUUGUGCUCGCAAUUGAGGCAUUCGGAGCGCGACUGAAGUUCAACAUCGCGAUUGGCAAUGCCUUUCUCAAGCAAAGCGUCUCCGCUUUGAAGGGCGUGGCGAGGAAUGACGUUGGAAUCAUGGAGGAGGUGCUCGUCCACGAUGAAUCAGAAUCCGCUCUCUAA